AUAUAUAUAUAUAUAUAUAGGACGAUACAGAUGGAGGCACUGUUACCAAGUUUGAAGAAACUGUGGAAUGAAUGGCAGCUGCAAGCAUUGGUUUUGCUUAGCCUCUUACUCCAAGUAAUACUCACCCUUCUCGGCAAUCGUAGGAAGUAUGUUAACAAAAUUUGGAUCAAGAUUAUUGUGUGGCCUGCUUACUUACUCGCAGAUUUAAUAGCAACAACUGCACUUGGUAUCCUCACAAAUCGAUUUGCUUAUCAUUCUGGACCUUUGGAUGCACAACUCGAGCUGACAGCAUUUUGGGCACCUUUUCUCUUACUGCACUUGGGUGGGCCUGACACAAUCACUGCGUAUUCUGUGGAGGACAACGAGUUAUGGUCAAGGCACUUGCUUCAACUGGCCGGCCAGACAGGAUUUGCAUUUUACAUCCUGUCCGCAGGGUGGACAGGGUCCCGCGUUUCAUUUCUAACAAUUCCAAUAAUGUUGGCAGGGCUGAUUAAGUAUGGAGAAAGAACAUGGGUCCUGUGGUCUGCAAGCUCUGAGCAGCGUAGUAAAGAUUCAACAUCUCCUCAUCAUAAUAUGUUUGAGUCUAUCUCUGAUUUUCAAGAUUAUUCUAAUAUUUCUGAUGAUAAAUUGCUUCAAGUCUCCUACGGGAUGUUGGAGAUGGCCAAGUGUCUCUUCGUAGGUGUUCCAAUAACUGCAAGAGAAACGUCCAUUUUGCCUAACCAUCAAGAAGCGACCUCAAAUCCUUUGAAGAAAAUAUAUCCUAAAGAUGCUUUUAAGGUAACUGAAAUGCAGCUUGGAUUUAUGUAUGACCUGCUGUAUACGAAGGCACUAGUGUCCUACACCCCCUGUGGAAUUGUCUUGCGGCUCACCAGUUUUCUUCUCACCAGCAUUGUGCUGGUGUUAUUUUCUUUGGGCCCCCACAACGUACAUAAGUACUCAAAGGUCGAUCUUUGCAUUACUUUUUCUUUGCUUGUUGUGGCAAUUGUUUUGGAGCUUUAUGCGGCUCUUGCAUUCCUAUUCUCAGACCGUACUCUUGUCUGGAUGAGAAAAAAUAAUUUCCCUAGCAUCUCACGAUACAUUACUUCUCUCCCAAUACAUAGAAAUCAUAGAUGGUCAAAUUACAUGGGUCAAUUCAAUUUGCUAAGCUACUUCUUCAACGAAAAACCCAUGGGUUUUCGUGGAAUCUUAGAGCUCUUGAAAAUCAACGAAAAGCUAGAAAAACAAAGAUAUGCAGGUUAUCGUCAAGUCCCAGAGGAUUUGAAGGAAUGGUUAGUCAUGCAUUCCAUUAAAUUUAGGGAUAUGUUAAAGAAGGGUCCGGAGGAUGUUAAACUUAUGUCCAGGAGUGCGAGAGGAAUUGCAUCGUUGGAAUCUUUCUUGCCCAAUGCAGAUGAUCAGACCAUUCUGUUCAUGAGUUGUUUUACAGAGUUUCAUCAAACAAUCAUUAUUUGGCACAUUGCUACAGAACUCUGCUAUCACCUAGAUCAUGACUAUUUCACCCAAAAAGAAAGCAGACCAUCCAGUAGUGCAGAAACUGCUGUAUUGAACUGGAAAAUGAGCAAGCGCAUCUCCAGAUAUAUGAUGUAUCUCCUCGCCAUUUCACCUGAAACGUUGCCAUCCAGUGGGGAAAUCGGUCAUGUCAACUUUAACCGCACUUGUGAAGAGGGCAGGAAAGAAAUUGCAUCAUUUGAUGAAGUCGGCAUCCAGAGAGAGAGAAAACAUAAGAUUAAAAUCGAGGCUUCCAAAAGGUUGUACGAGCGGCACAAAGAUUCAAUUACCGAAAAAAGCCAAAUCUUGAAACAACUGAAUGGAUCUCUUUUAUCCUUGGGGUGCGUGCUUGCUAAACAUCUGAUAGAGAGCAUGCGGGAUAGGCCUGAAGAAGAGCGUAUGGAGACAAAAUGGAACGCAAUUGCCGGAUGCUGGUUCGAAUUUCUAGUCUAUGCUGGAAGACAAAGCAGUGGAAAUCAGCACGCACAGCAGCUUAGACAAGGUGGAGAGUUUCUCACUCAUUUCUGGCUUCUCUUUGAGGAGCUGACGUUUCUCGAUUAUUCCCCUGCAUCGCCAACAACGACUAGUUAAGAUGAAGAGGAGUUAAUUUAAAACAACCGUCUCUUUCCUGGGAAAAGAGACUCUAAUUUUGUAUGCUUGCAAAAGAGUUAAAUUUAAAACUAUGAUAAAUGCUUGGUAAACUUGAAGUUAUGAACAAGAGUUAAAUUUUUCUUCUUCAAAUCUACUUUUUGCGGCCUAAACUGCCAAUCAAAUUCAUAGUUCAUAA